UAAUGUUUAUAUUUACAUUUUUCUUUUUAAACAUGAGAUUUUAUAUAUUGAAUUGCGCUUAUAUGUCUCGUUAAAGACGAUAGUAUUGGUGUUUAAUAUCUGCAUUUUAUUAUUUUUGAUGGUGAUAAUUUUACCUGUUAUAAUUUCGUCUUUAUAAUUGCCAACAUUCAAUAAUGGCUCUUCUAGAUUAUGAAAAUCAAAUGUAUCUUGAAUCAUUUCACGAUGAUGCUUUAGUAGUUCUCGCUAAAGGCAUUGGGGCAGAAAGAUUAGCUGUUAAUUUGAUAAAAACUUACAAUGACCCAGGAAAUUUGGUGCUGGUUAUCGGUUCAACUACUGUUGAUGAGGAGUUUAUAAUUGAAAAACUCAAGAGUUUAGGAGAGACUUUGCUUCCAAAAGUUAUAACUUCCGAUGUGGGCACAAAAGACCGUCGAAACGUUUACAUGGAAGGAGGAGUGCUAUUUGUAUCAUCUCGUAUCCUUGUUGUAGAUAUGCUUGUUGAUCGUGUACCAAUCGAUCUUAUUACCGGCAUCAUAGUGCUUCGCGCUCAUAAAAUUCUGGAGUCUUGUCAAGAAGCCUUUAUAGUUCGACUUUAUCGUAUGAAAAAUAACAAAGGAUUUAUUAAAGCAAUAUCUUCGAACCCAUCUGCUUUUACUCGUGGGUUUGCCCAAGUGCAGCGCGUCAUGAGAAAUCUAUUUGUAAAACAUCUUUUUAUAUGGCCACGAUUUCAUGCUGUUGUAGCAAGCAGUCUCGAAAGAGCUAAACCAGAUGUUAUGGAGAUGCACGUUCCCAUGACCAUGGCCAUGACUUCCAUUCAAAUUUCUUUAUUAGAUUUGAUGAAUGUUUGCGUUAAAGAACUGAAGCAUAUUAACCCAUCUUUGGACACAGAUGAGUUAACAGUUGAAAAUGCCAUUGCUAAAUCAUUUGAUAAAAUCAUAAAGUAUCAGCUUGAUCCAAUUUGGCAUCAACUAAAUGCAAAGACUAAGAGGUUGAUCGCUGACUUAAAAUUUUUACGUUCUGUUUUACUGUCAGUUACGCAGCAAGAUUGUGUGACGUUUUAUAACAUGCUCAAGAUGAUUAAGGAGAACAUUACUGUUGGAACACAAAUGUCUGAUUGGUUGUUCCUAGAUGCCUCGGAUAGUUUGUUCCUGCAUGCGAAAGAAAGGGUGUUUGGAUCUAGUAAGAAAAAAGAUUCUUCAAAAACUGAAACUCUCAAUUUCGAAGAGAAUGCUAAAUGGAAACCGUUGUGCGAAGUUUUGAAUGAAAUAAGUAAUGAAUGCACUGAUGAGGAAAAACAAAUGGUUAUCGUAAUAGUUAAUGAUGAUUACGUUUCUAAACAACUGAUUGAUGUUUUAACUAUUGGAGGAGAGGAAUAUUUAUACAACAGAUUUCAAAGACUAUUUCCUAAAAUUUGUGCGGAAAUGAAAUCAAAUCGUAAAACUCGUAAGAGAAAACUGAAAGAUGACGAACAAACUUUGACUCAGAUGAUAGGUGAGAAAGAUGAGGAUGAAGAACAAGAAAUUGCUCUGUCAAUUAGUGAAUUGGAAAAAAAGUUUCCAAAGUUGUUUAUAGAGUUUUAUUCAAUUAAACAUUCAGUUAGUAAUCAUUUUCGUUUUCAAACUUUGUGCGAUCUUCAUCAUCCUAAGUACAUGGUUUUCUACGACGGUGACAUGGAGCUUAUUCGCAGGAUCGAACUUUAUCAAGCUUUGAAUCCUAAAACGAGAAUCAAAGUCUAUUUUCUAAUCUAUUCUGGUUCUUCGGAGGAGCAAAGCUUCUUGACUUCUUUGAGACGAGAGAAAGAAGCAUUUGAGUACCUGAUAAGAGAAAAAGCAUCUUUAGUGUUGCCGGAAGGUAUUGAUGGUAAAUCAAAUGACCAUCCAGAUUUAGUCAGAGGUUCAUCUUUAGCCAAUGAAACCGUCAAUUCUCGAAAAGCUGGCGGACAAAUUAGGAAACUGGAAGAUCAGAAAGUGAUUGUUGACAUGCGAGAGUUCAGAAGUGAAUUACCGUCCUUAAUACAUAGGAGAGGUAUUGAUGUUGUACCUGUGACUUUAGAAGUCGGUGAUUAUGUAUUAACUCCAGAUAUGGUCGUUGAAAGAAAGAGCGUCAGUGACUUGAUUGGCUCUCUCAAUAGUGGCAGGCUGUACACACAAGCACAGUCAAUGUGUCUGCUGUAUAAAAAACCGAUCCUGCUCAUAGAGUUUGAUCAGAAUAAGGCAUUUUCAAUGCAGGGAAAAUAUUACUUUACCAGUUCUGCCUCUUCUCAAAAUGUGAUUUCAAAAUUGAUUUUGCUUACUUGUCACUUUCCUCAACUGCGUAUUUUGUGGUGUUCUUCACCAUACGCAACUUCGGAGAUGUUCGAACUCUUAAAAGUAAAGAGAGAACAACCUGAUGAGGAAAAAGCUGCUCUGAUGAGAGUGGAAGAGAACGCUAGUGAGCUAUCCAUUUCGAAGUUUAAUCCGAUCGGCUACGACUUUAUUUCUAAAUUGCCCGGUAUUAAUUCUAAGAAUAUUUGGCCUAUUUUGAAUAAUGUUUCCAGCAUAGCUGAUUUAGUUAAUUAUUCGGAAGAGGAUUUUAAUAAAAAGUUGGGAAAUUCUGUUAAUGCAAAAACUCUGUGGAAAAGUAUUAAUGAGGAAAUGGUAUCAGAUGUUGGAGUUUCUACUAGUAAAUUUAAAAAGACUUGGAAAUCAAGGAAAACAUGAUACACUCAUGUUGUAAGCUGAAUGCAUUUACAAACUUUUCUUCUAGUGAUAAUGUGUUAUACAAACAUCUACAAAUUUUUAAACUUGUUAAAUAUUUAUUAUGUUAUUUUUGUUCAGUUUGAUCAGUAUAUUUUGUCACGAGUAGAACACUUAAUUGAAAGAUUUUUUGAUUGAUUGGUAAAAUGAAAGGAUUUAGCUAUACAUAAUUUCUAAAAUAUAUUUUGUACAUUUGUAUUUUAAAGUUGUUUUUUCUAUGUAUAAAUGGAAUUUGUAUUACUGUUAGUUUAUAAAAUUAUUUGAAUCAA